CAACCAAAUCCAUUCCAUUACAACAUUCAAACAAGACUUGACUUUUGCAAUGGAUAAUCCAUCUUCAAAACCACUUCUUCUUUGUCUCAUAUUGUCCUGUCUCCUUGUUGGUUCAUGGGCAGAAAGCUCAAGUAAAAUUGGCAUUAACUAUGGUCGAGUAGGGAACAAUUUACCAUCUCCGUAUCAGUCCAUCCAAAUCAUCAAAUCCAUGAAAGCCGGCCGGGUGAAGCUCUAUGAUGCCGAUCCUGAGAUACUCAAACUCCUUGGUGGAACAAAACUUGAAGUCUCUGUUAUGAUCCCCAACGACGAAAUUAUUAACAUUGCUGCGAACCAGACAUCAGCGGCCCAGUGGGUCCAUGACAAUGUCCUGCUUUUCUAUCCGGAUACCAUGAUUCGAUUCAUCUUGGUCGGGAACGAAGUCCUCAGUUACUCUUCAGAUUAUGACAAGGAAAUCUGGCACAAUCUCGUUCCUGCAAUGCGAAGAAUCAAGGCUGCUCUGAGAGCACAAGGUAUCAAAAACAUCAAGGUCAGCACCCCCUUAGCCAUGGACGUUCUGCAAUCAACUUUCCCACCAUCAAGCGCCACUUUCCGGUCUGAUAUUUCGGAAAAUGUAAUGCCACCGUUGCUGCAUUUCCUGAACUCAUCCAAAUCGUAUUUUUUCCUCGAUGUUUAUACUUACUUCCCCUGGUCAGCUAACCCGAAGAACAUCAGCUUGGACAUGGCUCUAUUUGAGGGGAAUGUUAAGCACACAGACCCCGGAAGUGGAUUGGUGUAUACAAAUCUCCUGGACCAAAUGCUUGACUCGGUGAAUUUCGCCAUGGAGAAAUUUGGGUACCCUGAUAUCCGUCUAGCAAUAUCCGAAACAGGGUGGCCUAAUUCCGGUGAUUUGGAUCAAAUUGGAGCAAACGUCCACAACGCCGCCACUUACAACCGAAAUCUAAUCAAAAGGAUGACCGCAAACCCGCCACUAGGAACACCGGCCAGGCCUGGUGUGGCCAUCCCGACAUUUAUUUUCUCCUUGUACAACGAGAACCAAAAGGCGGGUCCCGGAACAGAGAGGCACUGGGGGUUGCUGAGGCCGAACGGGACGUCCAUUUAUGACAUUGACUUAACGGGGGAUCGGCAGCUGUCUGAUUACGAUCCAUUGCCGCCGCCGGUGAAUAACGAACCUUACAGGGGGGAAUUAUGGUGCGUGGUGGCGGAGGGGGCCAAUUUGAUGGAGCUGCCUUCGGCGUUAAACUUUGCCUGCAGUCAGGGCAACGAGACAUGUGCGGCAUUGACACCGGGAAGGGAGUGUUACCAACCGGUGUCGGUUAUCAGCCAUGCGAGUUAUGCAUUCAGCUCGUACUGGGCGCAGCUCCGGAGCCAGGGCGCGUCCUGCUACUUCAACGGAUUAGCCGUUCAGACCACAAAUAAUCCAGGUGUUAGAGGGUGUGUAUUCCCAAGUGUGACUCUCUGAUUUCUGAAGAUAAUAACAAAAUUAAUAUCCUGGUGGCAAGACAUAUAUGCCUUGUUUAUUGUUAUUUAAAGGCUUAGGAUUUGAAGAAGAGAUGGGUGUCUUUGUAGCACCACAAAAUGAAAGAUUGUGUUUCCUAUAUAUCUAUGUUGCUGGUAAAAAAGUGAAAAGGAUGUG